AUGAUCCAUUCUGUUUAGAGAAUUCUUAGUCAGAAAAUGGAUUUGGGUUUGGGUGGAGGCAGAAGAAGGGUUGUGGUAAUUGGUGGGGGCGUCGCCGGUUCCCUCAUCGCAAAAUCUAUCCAAUUUCUUUCUGAUGUCACUCUCAUCGAUCAGAAGGAAUAUUUUGAGAUCCCCUGGGCCAGCCUGAGGGCAAUGGUGGAGCCAUCAUUUGGCGAGAGAUCGGUGAUCAACCAUAGAGACUAUCUCACAAAUGGUCGUCUAGUUACGUCUAGUGCGAUCAACGUCACUGAAACUGAAGUCUUGACUGCAGAGGGCCGUCUGAUUGCGUACGAUUACCUUGUCAUCGCCACUGGCCACACCGAUUCUUUUCCGAAAACAAGGACCGAGAGACUAAAAGAAUACCAAGCAGAGUAUGAGAAGAUCAAUUCGGCUCAUUCCAUUUUGAUCGUUGGAGGAGGCCCCACUGGCGUCGAACUUGCAGGAGAAAUCGCGGUCGAUUGCCCAGAUAAGAACCUUACUUUAGUGCAUGAUGGUUCAAGGUUGCUGGAAUUCAUUGGACCAAAAGCAGCUGACAAAACUCUGAAUUGGUUGACAUCAAAGAAAGUUGAGGUGAAACUGGAGCAAUCAGUCCGUCUAGACGAUAUCUCGGACGGAGGGAAAACAUAUCUCACUUCAGAUGGAGAUAUUCUCAAGGCAGAUUGUCAUUUCCUAUGCACUGGAAAACCACUUGGUUCUCUUUGGCUUAGAGGAACUAAUUUGAAAAAUAACUUGGAUAAUCAUGGAAGGUUAAUGGUUGAUGAGAAUCUAAGAGUGAAGGGUCGGAAAAACGUAUUUGCCAUCGGAGACAUUACUGAUGUUCCAGAGAUCAAGCAAGGGUAUUUGGCACAAAAACAUGCUUUAGUGGCUGCAAAGAACUUGAAGCUAUUGAUGGAAGGAGAAAAAGAGAGCAAAUUGGCUAAGUACCAGCCUUCUUCUGUAAAGGCAAUAGUUUCACUUGGUCGGAGAGACGCGGUGGCGCAGUUAUCGUUCACCACCGUUAUAGGAAGCGUUCCGGGAAUGAUCAAAUCUAGAGACCUUUUUGUAGGGAAGACAAGGAAGAAGUUGGGUCUAGAAAUCAAACUUUAGAUGAUUAAUUAUAUGUAAUUAAGGUGAUGUGCAUAUCAUUGAAGAAUGAAUUUUUCCUUCUUUAACGUACAAAAGGUUAAGACGUAAAAUGUACCUUUACAUGCGUAUGCAUGCGCAUUUCUAGACUUGCGUAACAAUAUAUUAUAGU